CUUGCAAUUUUAUUAUCACUCAAUAACGUUUCUUAGCAAUUCAGUUGUCAUAAGUUCUGGUAUUUCUAGCUCGGUAUUUGUUAUUUCGUGCGUUCAAUUUCAAGUUCGUGCUAUCUCAAUGAUAUAUGAAAUACUUGCAGGAAUUUAACCGGCAAUCGGGCGAGAUGGUAGCCAUGGCUGACAUGAUGACCGUGGAAAGUACCUUCAACCUAGCGGCAUCAACACCUCUAGGCGCCACCAUGCUACAACUCCCCUACUACAACAGCAACAUGUCUAUGCUGGUCAUGUUGCCGGAUCCUUCGUCAACGGUCGACGAAACGCUCAAGCAGCUCUCUCCCACCACGCUGUCGCAGUCUCUGGCCGCCUUGAAGCCAACCAUCGUCAGGGUCUCUCUACCCAAGUUUGAUCUUGCUAAAAAGAUGGAGGUUGAACUUGUGCAGGGUCUAAAGCGCUUGGGUAUCAUGGACAUCUUCAAUUCCGCGGCGAACUUCACCAGCUUCACCUCAGACAGUUCUCUCUUCGUAAAAACAGCAAUACACCAGGCCAAGGUGAAGGUGGAUGAAGAGGGCACGGUGGCUGCUGCCGCAACGGCGCUCACCGGCAAGAGGAGCGGCGCUUUCCAGUUCGUGGCCGACCGACCCUUCCUGUUUCUCAUCUACGACAGCCGAGUCAAUGUGACUCUCUUUGCCGGCAUCAUCAGGAACCCGUCCAAGUAAACACAUCAGUACGACGGCCGGGUCAAUGUGACUCUCUUUGCCGGCAUCAUCAGGAACCCGUCCAAGAAAACACUUCAUUAUGAAAGCCGGGUCAGGGUGACUCUGUUUGCAGGUAUCCUCAAAAUUUGUCUACAGAUGGUCCUAGGCGAUGCAUUUUCCGUAAGAUAUAAGACUAGCAUUUUAGACGCUGGUGAGAUAGAAUGUCUUAUAAAGGCUAGUGUGAGGCUUAAAAAUUAUUCAAGCUGGUGUUAGACAAAAAUAGUCUAAUGGUUGGUAUAGGAAGCAAAUUAUACUAUCUUCUCCAAUGUCAUCAGAGUAUUAUAAGGAUGGUUUAAGACCUGAGUAUCAUGCGGGCUGGUGUGCGACCGAAGGGCAUCACUGACUGGUGUAAUAAUAGGAUCGAAUCAGAGUGCUGAAACUAUUUACAUGAUCUGUGUGUAUCCCAUAUUUUAUUUUUAUCCCAUAUUGUUUUGGCACAGCAAACAUAUCACUCACUUUUGUUUUCUUUUAUUCCAUGUUCUUUUUCUACACACUAUUAUUCUCUUUCGAAUAAUUUCAAGUAAAAUUCGCAAUUGCACUGUAA